GUCAGAUUUAAUCUCCUGCCCUGUUCAAACACUCGCAAUGUUCUCCUAUCGUCCCAUUGCCCAGCGCGUCCUAAACCACGUUGGCUAUGAACCUCAUUCACGCCAUUUCACCGGUCGGCUCGGCCGUUGAACAACCUCCGUGCGGAUUCGGAGCUUCAGCUUCGACUAGAACCCGCGCGACUGUCCACUGGCCGCUUCCAAGAUCUCGUACGUGAAGCGAUCGGAUGGCUGCCUAAACCGAAGUUAUGCAGCGCAAUACCUCGACGAGAUCACAUCCGCAGUCGCAUCUUUACUUCUCAUGCCGAUGACGAUCCACGCCUCGGAAUAUUCUUAAGUGCACAAUUGAGGGGACUUGUACGCAGAACACGUUCCUCCCAAGCUCGAGGGGUCGUCGAAAACACAGCUGAAGCUACCACACCAUGGCCGGGAUCGAACAGAUUGUGGUGCACUCCAAGAGCUAUUUGGUUCGUUGGAUACAGGUACCGGAAUACCAUUCGAUAUCAUGGACGGUUCAGCCUCACAAGAAGGGAAUCAAUUUCGGCAUCUUCAAACACCCGGGCACUCGCAAUGGCAUUACCCCCAACCUACCAACACAGGACCACGUCGAUGAGGCCAGUGUACCUCCCACGCCAGCAGUCGAAGAUGUGCCUAGGCCCAGACGAGAGUCUGUCCAGGGAAGUCAGAUCGUGGAAAAGUUGCAGAGCAUCGGGAUGAAGUCUGUGGCAUGGACCGGGAAAUGCGAGGCGGAUAAAGUGUCUAUGGGAAGAUAUGAUGUGCAACAAGGCGAGAGCGGAACAUAUGGACUGGUGUUUGACAACACCUUUUCCAAGCAGACAUCCAAGAAUGUGACGUUUGUGCUCAUCACACAUCCGACAAACGCACCGCCCAAGUCGGGACAUCACCUACAUUACUCCCAAGCGAGUUCCAAUGGCAGAUCUUCGAGCGUAGGAAACACACCGACCAUACGUUCGGCCCACGAGUCCACAGAUUCUCUGUCGCAAAGUAAUGCGCAUCGGGCGGUGCUGGAGGAUCCGAGGCCAGUCUCGAAACACGGCCGCUUCUUAGAAGUCAAGGGUCUCGAAGGUACAACAUUCUAUACCGGCGUGCUCUCCAAAAAGAAGCGUAAGAAGGGUCAAGGAUUUGCCAAGCGAUAUUUCUCUCUCGACUUCACAUCUUCGACGUUAUCAUACUAUCGCGAUAGACACUCAUCUGCCUUGCGCGGAGCAGUUCCAUUAUCUCUAGCCGCGGUUGGUGUCAAUGAGAAAACGCGCGAGUUCUCCGUAGACUCGGGCGCCGAAGUCUGGCAUCUUAAGGCUUUGAAUCGAAAAGAUUUCGACGGCUGGCGGGAAGCAUUGGAGCGGGCUUCGACAACGGCUGCUUCACUGCCUCCGACGCCGGCGAAAAGUCUCAACAAGGCACGACCGGUCUCCGCUGUUCCAGCAGAUCCUAGAGAAGAUGACGAAUGGGAUCAAGUUCAACGACUUGUCAGUAUUGUCUCGGGAUCUCGAGAUGCAGUGCGUGGCCUUGCAAAGGACACUGAUCCAAAAUCCACAGCUGGACUUCAAACAUCAGGCUUGGGCCUCAACGUACCCAGCAACCACAGUGCUCUGCCGAGUCCGUCCAACGAUGCCAGUAACCCUUACUUUCCAGACAUGGACGAGCAAGCUGCAGACCGACGAUCGUUCUGGAAAAGAAAGACCAGUGCUGAUCGAAGUCCCUCGACGGUGUUCCGACGAAGCGUAUCAGGGCAGCUUGCGGUACCAUCACCUACAAUCGCGAGCCCGACGAGUCCCGUGAUGGGCAACUUCUCCUUGCUUCCGCGACGACCGAGUACCACACAGAUUCCGGCGGUGACGACCGAUGUUCAUGAGCGAUGCCUGGCACUGCUCCACGAUCUCGAUACCGUAGUUGCAGAAUUCACGGCACUUCUAUCCGAAAGCAAAGCGCGACGGAAUCCUCCUUUGGCGACAUCCGUCUCGCGCCUUUCGAUGGAAUCCGUCGAUGAGCAGGAGUAUUUCGAUGCCGAUGACGGGGCGAGGGCAGCUUCGCAGCUCCUCAAGAUUCGCCGAAACACCGAAAGUGAGGCUGGUGAUGCGCGUGAGGAGCAGCACUACGAUUCAGACACUAGCAGUGAAGCAGGUGGACUGGCAGGUUCCGUGGUGUUCGGCGCGCCUAAACCAGAGACGAAGGGCGAGUUCCCCUCUCGACCGGAUAGUCUUCCACCUCUACCAUUGGGUCCUGUUGUACGCCGGCCUACAAUUCAGCCCCCGAAGCAAGCACCGCCGAGUAUCAUCGGAUUCCUUCGAAAGAAUGCCGGCAAAGACUUGUCUACAGUAUCGAUGCCGGUGACAGCGAACGAACCUACCUCUUUACUCCAGCGUCUGGCUGAAAGCAUGGAGUAUGCAUCACUGUUGGAUUCGGCCGCCUCUAUAGAUACUUCCCCUGCAGAGCGACUGAUGUACGUGGCCGCGUUUGCCAUAUCCUACUUCGCCAACAGUCGUGUGAAAGAGCGAGCGAUCCGCAAACCCUUCAAUCCGAUGCUCGGCGAAACCUUUGAGCUCGUUCGGGAAGAUCUCGGGUUUCGAUUUGUCGCCGAGAAGGUCUCGCAUCACCCUGUCCGAACAGCUUGUCAAGCAGAGAGCUUGAACAAUGGUGGCUGGUGCUUUACGCAAUCUCCUCAGCCGAUCCAGAAGUUCUGGGGCAAGUCCGUCGAGCUCAACACCGAAGGUCGCGCCCGGGUUGUGCUUUAUGCCUCCCAGGAGCGCUACUCAUGGAACCAGGCGACCUGCUUUCUCCGCAAUGUGAUCGCCGGCGAGAAAUACGUUGAACCUGUGCAAACCAUGACCAUCCAAAGCGAAACCAGCCACCUCCGCGCCAUCGCCACCUUCAAAGCCGGCGGCAUGUUCUCCGGCCGCAGCGAGGACGUCUCCGUGCAAAUCCUAGACGGCGAUGAAUCCCUCCCCCUCGGCCUGAUCGGCAAAUGGACCGAAGGCCUCCACCGCACCGACACCGACGAAGUCGUCUGGACCGUCGGCUCGCUCGUCCCCGACGCCCCUCGCGUAUAUGGCUUCACCACCUUCGCCGCCGCCCUGAACGAAGUCACCGAUAUCGAGCGCGGCCAUCUGCCCCCGACGGAUUCCCGCCUACGUCCGGACCAGCAGGCCCUGGAAGGCGGCGAGAUCGACCGGGCCGAGGCGCUCAAGGCCCGCCUCGAGGAGCGGCAACGCUCCCGUCGAAAGGUCCUCGAGGGACACGGUCGGAAGUGGACGCCGCAGUUUUUCGAGAAGAUGGUUUCGCCUUCUUUCGGCUCUUCCCCUUCUUCUUCAUCUCCUGGGGACAACAACGCUGUGGAAGAGGGUGAGGAGGUCUGGGUGCUCAAGAAGGCGGGAAGUCAUGCCGGAGAGGCGGAGUAUUGGCAUCGGAGGGCGAAUGGGGAUUGGAAGGAUGUGCAGGAGGUCUUUGAGCUGUAGGGGAGCUCUCCCGUCGUCGCUCAGGUUGUGUCGUAUGGCAAUGUGUACAUAGCAAUGAAUGAGGAGAUAUUGAUUCUGGCGGAAAGGGACAGUGCUCCCUCAGCUCCCUUUCAUAUGGGAUUGUUAGGUGCCCCCCUCCCCUUCCGGGAUACACUCGACUGUUUACCAUCAAACACCGC